AUAUUCUGGAAUAAUUUUCGUUUUUCUAACAUCAUCCAUCCAAUGCUUAGGGAGCCCACUUAGAGAUAUGUUGGCAGAUACAUUAUUAAUUGUUUUUAUUUCAAUAUGCACCGCAUUGUUAGGAGAAGGUAAAUUUAUUUUAUGAAAUAAAAAUGAAUAAGAAUUAUUUGUUAGGUGUUUUACAUGUGCUUGUUUAUUUUUGGAAUUAUUCGUUGAGUGCUUUAUAUUCAUUACAGGAUUGACGUGGCUUUUAGUAUAUAGAACAGAACAAUACCAAAAGCUGAAGGCAGAGGUCGAAAAACAAACAAAGAGAUGUAUAGUUUUGCCAUUUACUUUAAUAAAUUUUCUUCCGAUUUACUUUGAUUUUGUUUAAAGUGGAGAAGCAGAAAGAGAUGACAGGAGAAGUUGCCGAAAGAAGCGUCAAGAAAAAGCUGGGUAUUUGUCUGAAUAUAAUAUAUAUAAAAAGCAUAACUUUCAUAAUAAAUCAUAUGUUUUUUCAAUAGAGCGUCAAGAGGAGCGACUGAAAACUCAAAAUCGUGAUUUGUCUUUAGUCAAAAUGAAAUCAAUGUUUGCUAUUGGCUUUGCCUUCACUGCUUUACUUAGCAUGUUUAAUUCAAUCUUUGAGGGAAGAGUUGUUGCCAAAUUACCUUUUGUACCAAUAUCAUGGCUUCAAGGGCUGUCGCAUAGAAAUCUUUCAGGAGAUGACUUUACCGAUUGUUCCUUUAUCUUUCUAUACAUUCUUUGUACAAUGUCUAUACGCCAGAACAUACAAAAAAUGUUAGGAUUUGCUCCUUCCAGAGCAGCUAGUAAACAAGGCGGUGGAUUAUUUGGAACUGCUCCUCAGUUGACCAAAUAA